AUGGCGGCUUCCGGCGGAGGAGCGGCGACGGCGCACUCGCGGUGUUCUUCCAACCCCACGGCAAGGCUAAUUGGUUUCAGCUCGGGUAACCGGAGCUCGAGCGCGUUGUUCUCGUGGGCGAGGGCGAAACAGUCGUUCCGCGUGAGGUGCGUCUCCAGCGAGCCGAAGCAGAGGGCGAUGGAGCCUGUCAUCGAAGAAGGAGUUCUCCACGAUUCGAGUUCUUUUCCCCCUGAUGCUGCAUCUAUUGCUUCAAUCAUCAAGUAUCAUGCAGAGUUCACACCUUUGUUUUCUCCUGAAAACUUUGAACCAACCAAGGCUUUCUUUGCCACUGCACAAAGCGUGCGUGAUGCACUUAUUAUUAACUGGAAUGCAACAUAUGAUUUCUAUGAGAAGAUGAACGUAAAGCACGCCUACUAUUUGUCUAUGGAAUUUCUACAGGGUAGAGCCUUGUCGAAUGCAAUUGGUAACUUAGAGCUCACUGGUGAAUAUGCCGAUGCUCUGGAAAAGCUUGGCCACACUCUGGAAACAGUAGCUUCUCAGGAGCCAGAUGCUGCUCUUGGAAAUGGAGGUUUGGGCCGGCUUGCAUCCUGUUUUCUUGAUUCUUUGGCAACCUUAAAUUAUCCGGCCUGGGGUUAUGGGCUUAGAUACAAACAUGGCUUAUUUAAGCAGUAUCUUACAAAGGAUGGGCAAGUGGAAGUUGCUGAGAAUUGGCUGGAGAUUGGCAACCCAUGGGAAAUUGUCAGAAAUGAUGUCACUUAUCCUGUGAAAUUUUAUGGUAAAGUUGUUACGAGUUCGGAUGGAAAAAGUAGAUGGAUUGGUGGUGAGGACAUAGUGGCUGUUGCAUAUGAUGUGCCAAUACCAGGAUAUAAGACCAAAACGACCAACAAUCUAAGAUUGUGGUCCACUAAAGUACCAUCUUCUCAGUUUGACUUAUCUGCCUUUAAUGCUGGAGACCACACCAAAGCAUGCGAGGCUCAGGCUAAUGCAGAGAAAAUAUGUUAUACACUUUACCCGGGAGACGAAUCGGAGGAGGGAAAGAUUCUCCGACUGAAACAACAAUACACACUGUGCUCAGCAUCUCUCCAAGACAUCAUCAUACGGUAUGAGAGAAGAUCAUCUGGUGGCAAUGUGAAAUGGGAAGAGUUUCUUGAUAAAGUUGCUGUUCAGAUGAAUGACACUCACCCAACACUAUGCAUCCCAGAGCUAAUGAGAAUUUUGAUGGACGUUAAAGGCCUGACAUGGGAGAAAGCCUGGAGGAUUACACAAAGAACAGUGGCAUAUACAAACCAUACUGUUUUACCGGAAGCCCUGGAGAAAUGGAGUUAUGAUCUAAUGCAGAAACUACUUCCAAGACAUGUUGAGAUCAUAGAGCUGAUUGACAAACAGUUAAUUGAAGACAUAAUAUCAGAAUACGGCACAGCAGACCCUGAUAUGUUGGAGAAAAAGUUGGCCACAAUGAGAAUUUUGGAGAAUUUUGAUCUGCCUGCUUCUGUUGCAAGUUUAUUUGCCAAGCCCAAACCAGAAGAGAGCCCUAUCGAUAAGACUGGAGAGAAAGCGGGAGCUAUUGGUGUAGUCACAGUUGCUGAUAAAGAUGAAUCUGAAGUAGAGGUAACGGAUAAGAGUGAAACUUCAAACGAGGAGCCAGCUUUUGUACCUCCGAAAAUGGUUCGAAUGGCUAACCUUUGUGUGGUGGCUGGUCAUUCCGUGAAUGGUGUUGCUGAGAUACACAGUGAAAUAGUUAAGGAAGAAGUCUUCAAUGAUUUUUUCCAGUUAUGGCCUGAGAAGUUUCAGAACAAAACGAAUGGAGUCACGCCUAGAAGAUGGAUCAAAUUUUGCAAUCCUGAUCUAAGUGCUGUUAUUACCAAGUGGACAGGCAGUGAUGACUGGGUCUUGAAAACUGAGAAAUUGGCAGAACUCCGGAAGGUUGCUGAUAACGAGGAUCUUCAUAUUCAGUGGAGGGCCGCUAAAAGAAUUAACAAGAUUAAGGUUGCAUCAUUCCUUAGAGAAAAAACUGGCUAUGCUGUUAACCCUGAUGCAAUGUUUGACAUUCAGGUAAAACGUAUUCAUGAGUACAAACGGCAGCUACUAAACAUACUGGGGAUUGUUUACCGCUAUAAGAAAAUGAAAGAAAUGACUGCAGCUGAAAGAGAAGCGAAGUUUGUUCCUCGUGUUUGUAUAUUUGGAGGUAAAGCUUUUGCAACAUACGUGCAAGCCAAGAGGAUUAUAAAGUUCAUCACAGAUGUUGCUGCUACCAUAAAUCAUGAUCCAGAUAUUGGUGACUUGUUAAAGGUUGUAUUUGUUCCAGAUUACAAUGUUACUGUUGCUGAAUUAUUAAUUCCAGCAAGUGAACUCUCACAGCAUAUCAGUACUGCUGGUAUGGAAGCUAGUGGAACCAGCAACAUGAAGUUUGCAAUGAAUGGCUGCGUAUUGAUCGGGACUUUAGAUGGUGCCAAUGUCGAAAUCAGACAGGAAGUCGGGGAAGACAAUUUCUUCCUUUUCGGUGCUCGAGCGGAGGACAUAGCUGGACUUAGGAAAGAAAGAGCUGCAGGCAAGUUUGUACCAGAUGCACGCUUCGAAGAAGUGAAGAAGUUUGUGAGAAGUGGCGCAUUCGGGCUUCAUACUUAUGAUGAGUUGUUGGGGUCCUUGGAAGGGAAUGAAGGAUAUGGGCGUGGAGAUUAUUUUCUCGUGGGAAAGGAUUUUCCUAGUUACAUCGAGUGCCAAGAGAAAGUUGAUGUUGCUUAUCGAGAUCAAAGGAGAUGGACUAGGAUGUCAAUAUUGAACACAGCAGGUUCGUACAAGUUUAGCAGCGACCGAACAAUUCACGAAUACGCCAAAGACAUAUGGAACAUUCAACCUUUGGAAAUAAGUUAA